CUGGGCCACCUUUGCUAAUGCACUCCGAACUGCAUUCCAACCCCCCGAUCACCAACAAUACCUCCGUCAGCAACUCAAGAAACUGCGACAAACAGGAUCUGUACAGGAGUAUGGUAUGCAGUUUCAAAAUUUACUGGGACAAAUAGAAGGGAUGGGAGACCUUGACCAGGUCGCGUACUUUAUUGAUGGCCUUAAACCUGCCACCUGA